AUGUCGCUAAAGCGCCCUCGUGAUGAAGGUGGACACGACGACCUCAACACUGGGCGAGAGGAAAAUGCACAGCGAAACUUCGAUAGUAUGGAAGAGCAGGACCAACACACCCCACACCUUUCACUAAGAGAGGCGCGUUUCUCCGGUCGGUCCAUGCAAGAAGGUUUCCACCUUCAACUGGGCGAGUAUGAAGAGCCGGACGAAGCGAAGGAAGUGGAAGAGUUGAUGAACGGACAUGAGGACUUCGGCGAUUUACCGAAGGAGCGUCAAAAAGCAUUGCUUGACGCAGUGCGAGUUUUGGUGAGGAAAGCUGCGGGUAUCACAAACAAGAACCAACUGGAGCACCUUCGCGUAAAGGCGUCGCGGCUCGUGGGCUUUAAAGACACGGCGCGGAAGUCAGAACUUACGGCGGCGUAUCGGCAGUUAGUGCGUGCGGGUGAAGUGCAGGAAUCUGCGGCUGUGGAAGAGCUUCUCUUGCGUAAACGCGGCAAAUCGCAUAGUGGUGUACUUGUUGUAACGGUGUUUAUGGGACCCGGCCAGUUUUCAUGUCCAAAGGACUGUCACUACUGCCCAAAUCAGCCAGGUAUCGCCCGCUCCUAUCUCCUGAAAGAGCCUGGUGUUCUUCGGGGGUACCGUAACGGUUGGGAUCCUAUCAGGCAGUUCUAUGAUCGCGCCAGUGCUCUGGAAAACAAUGGCCAUGUAGUUGAUAAAAUUGAGCUCAUUAUCCUGGGCGGGACGUUUUCCUUUUACCCCAAAAAGUAUGUGGAGGAGUUUAUAACCGGAAACUUCUACGCGGCGAACACAUAUUAUGACUCCACUCCCUUGCGGCCUAUUGGUACUUUGGAGCAGGAAAUAACAGCUAAUGAAGAUGCGCGGUGCCGAAUAAUUGGCGUGACGAUCGAGACCCGGCCUGAUUAUAUAAAUUUAUCCGAGUUGAGACGAUUCCGAUCCCUUGGUGUCACUCGUGUUCAGGUCGGCAUACAACACUUGGACGAUGACAUUCUCACUAUCGUUAACCGUGACUGCCCAACUUCCAAAACCAUCGUAGCCAUCAAGCGGCUCCUUGACGCGGGAUUCAAAGUUGAUGCUCACUGGAUGCCUGACCUACCAGGGAGCAGCUACUCGAAGGAUCAUGAGAUGUUUGAGUAUUUAUUCUCGGAGGACAAUGAAAAUUUCCAGGUUGAUCAAUGGAAGGUGUACCCAACGGCGACGGUCCCGUACACAAAGAUCGAGGACUGGUAUCGUACGGGUAAGUACAAACCAUACGCAGAGCUGGACGGUGGUUCUUGGAUGGUGAAGCUUCUGGUGUACAUCAUGGAGAAUUGCCCCAGGCGGAUCCGAUUGAAUCGUAUCAUUCGAGACAUACCGACGACAUACAUCAUGGGUGGCGAGCGGCGGUGUAAUCUUCGGCAAGUUAUUGAGGCGGAAAUGAAGGCUAAGGGUAUCCGGUGCAAAGAUAUCCGCGAGCGUGAGUGCAAAGGGGCGCCUGUGGACAGAAAUCAGACAAAAGUGUUUGUUAAUGAGUUUCGCGCCAGUGGAGGAACGGAGUUUUACCUUUCCGUGGAGAACAUGGAACAGACAAUUCUUUACGGUCAUCUGCGCCUUCGCCUGCGUGAUGACAGUGGCGAAUCGAAUUCGCUCGUGAAGGCACUGGAGGGCUGCGCACUGAUUCGUGAACUGCAUACUUAUGGUAAGUUGAUUGCUGUAUCGCGGCCCAAUUCGGGUAAUGAAGCUCAGCAUAUGGGUGUGGGCACACAACUAAUGCGGGAGGCAGAACGAAUUGCCAUCGAGCGUGGGUUCAUGAAAAUUGCAGUUAUUGCCGGUGUGGGUGUCCGGCGUUACUACGCAAAGCUUGGCUAUAAGUUAGAGGACACAUACAUGGUGAAACAGCUCACUGCAGAUAAAGGAAGCACUAUAACGGAGGAGCAAGUGGAGCAGGAUGACGAUAAUGAUAAUGGCGGCUUCAUUUCUAUGCUGAAGGGAUUUAUGUUCGGUAAAUGA